GAUCGAUCCUCGCACGAGAGCCGGCCCCGGUGAGGCGGCACCCCGCUAGAAGUGGAGAGCGACUCGACGCAGCUGCUGGAGCACCGCAGAGGCGAGGGCACAUGCCUCCUCCCCGUCCUGAGCGACCAUGGCCACCGCCCACUCACGACCGCGCCUGCGCCCGCUGCGCCGGCGGCGACGGUGACGCGCCGGCGGCCAACCAUGGCGCACCUGCCGUCGGUGCGCGCUACCAGCGGCCGGCCGCGGCUGCCGCCGGCGCACCUCUCCCGGCCGGUGAGCUUCACCUCGCUGCAGCCGCUCUCCCGCGCCUCCUCGGGAGGUUCUCGCAGUGACGACGACCCGGUGGCUGUCGCCGCGCCGGUCCCGCCCGCCGGCCAACUGCCAUCCAAGUACGAGCCGCUGCCGGCCAUCCCCAAACGCCUGGUGCGUCAGAGGACCUACGAGGUCAUCGAGCCGGUGGUACUCAAGCCGGGCACCCCACCGAGCGUCGGACCAGAGACCGCGAGGUCACGCAGUGUUGACGACGGUCGGCCGCCGGCUGCUGAUGCGGAGGAACGGACAAAGGACGCUGAAGGGGGCGCUGAGGGACAGCAGAGGGACGCAGCAGGCUCCGAGGGACAACAGAGGGACGUGGCGGGCGCUGAGGGGCAGCAUGAGGAUGGGUCGAACUCUGAGGAACAGCGCAGGGACAAUGUGGCGGACGCGGACCUUGAUACCCAGCGCGAGGACCCAGUGGCCGAGUCCGGGGUCCAGCCGGAGGGGGACAGUGCUCCUCCGUCUGAACCGCGGGCGGAGGACGCGGGUGACAGUGACGGUGACGAUGGGGCGAGUGACAGUGAUGAGGCAGCUGACGCUGACGAGGAGGACCUGCAGUCGAGUACCCCGGGAGAUGGCGACAAUGACGGGUCGGAGCCGGGCCGAGCGAGGCUGGACGUUCGUAACGACUCUGUCGAGGAGGUCGAGGUCGCAGAGGCGCCCGACCUGCCGACCGACUCGCUCGAGACGCUGCCAGGGCAGGGGUCCGGGCCGAACGAUCCCUCAGCGUUACCGCCCCCCGAUGGCCGGGAGAACAAUUAUCUGAAGCUCAACAACUACUGCACGGGAGAGGAGGGAGAGUCAGAUCCGGAGGAGGGCGAGGAUAAGGGAGACGCUGACACUGACGGAAACAGAUGAUGGACGUCCAUUGCCACACAUACCAUCCCUAAUGCGAGUCGGGAUAUGUUUAGCGUUGGCGGAAGCCAUGUGCCUUAGAGUGUUACUGUUUGUGGUCCUUCCUAUGGCUCUAGGACAAGGUGUGAAAAACCCGUGUGGCUCCGCGUUAUUGGUGCCAGCAAUAAUCAAUAUGAGUGAAUACAUUAUCGUGUGUUCGAAAU